AUGGUGAUUGCUAGGGAGGUUUUGAUGUUAAUUGCUGUUGCUGAAGUUUGUAAAAGUUUUGUUGUUAAUUCCUCACUAGCAGUUUUGGUAGAUACUAAAGAUUCGGUGCCUUUUGCUGUUGAAGAUGUUUCGACAAAAAUAGGUGCUGAAACUUCCGUAACUGAGAUAUCAAGUGUAUCGCAAAUGCAGACUUCACAAAUGCCAGAGGUAUCACAAGAAACUUCUGCCUCUACCAAAACGGCUAGUGAGAAAUUAACAUCAAUAUUUGUAGAAACCACUCCCACAGAAAAAGUUACUGAAUCUUCGAUAAAUGAGAUAUCAAGUGGAACACAAAUGGAGACUACACAAACGCCAAAAGAAGGAACUCCAAUAACAACCAAAACGGCUAUUGAAGAACUAACAACAAAAUUGGUAGAAACCUCUGCAACACCAGUUGGUACUGAAUCUUUAAUAAAUGAGAUAUCAAGUGCAUCGCAAAUGCAAACUAGACAAACAUUAGAGGCGGCAGAUGGAACUACAAUAACUCCUAGUGAGGAACUAACAUCUCAUUUUGUCGAAACCUCUGGAACAGCAAAAAGCACUGAAUCUUCUUUAUCGACGAAAACUGUUAAUGAGGAAUUAACAACAAAAUUUGGAGAAACAUCUGCAACAGCAACAGCUACUCAAUCUUCAGCAGUUGAGAUAUCAAGUGCAUCGGAAAUACAGACUACACAACUGCUAGAGGAAGCAGAAAAAACAUCAUUCACUAAGAAAACUCCUAGUGAGGAACUGACAUCGAUAUUGGUGGAGACUACACAAACGCCAAAGGAAGGAACUCCAAUAACAACCAAAACAGUUAUUGAAGAACUAACAACAAAAUUGGCAGAAACCUCUGCAACACCAGUUGGUACUGAAUCUUCAGUAGCUGAGAUAUCAAGUGCGUCGCAAAUGCAGAAUACACCGAUUUCAGGGAUAUCAACGAACCAUCCUAUCGAGGAAUCAACACCUGAAGAAGUAGAAACCUACAAAAGUCCCGAGUCUUCAUCAAUUACUUUUAUCGCUUCUACUAGUGACUUCAGUCACACAGAGAGACAAGUUAUGUCUGAGGUAGCAGAGAACGCUGCUACAUUAGCUGUAACAAAACUGCCAGUGACAUCCGAAAAGCCAUCUUCGGCGGAAGAAAUCUCUAUGACCCACUCACUUGUAGCUGAAGCGGUGGACGCCACUUUUCAGUCUAAAUCUUCUACAGUAUCUUCAAAAAUAAUGCUGCCCACUGAAAACGAGACAAGCACACCAACAGGAAGAGUUGAGAUUCGUACAGCUAGUGUGGGAAUAGCUGAGGAACCAACAAUAAUGAAUCAGCUGACAGAGUCGGAGACUUUACAAAACGUAUUCCAAUCAUCCCUUUCUUCGUACAUUUAUUUCGAAAAUGUAACAAAUACACGGACUUCCACAAUGCAGAAAGUCACUCCAUCCCCAGGUCCAACUAAAAGAAGUCAGCUAACCAAUGAGACAACAUUACUAACUAGUCAAGUACCAGAAAUAUUUAUUUCACAUCUGACAACGGUUGUUUCGGAAAACGUAACCUCGGAAAUCGACCAACUUCAUUCCGAUCACAUUUCUUCUGUUACACCAGUUUCCACUCUUCUAUCAGACUUUACCGAGAGCACAUCAAGGGAACAUCUAACCACAUCUUUAGUCCAGUCAGCAGCUGGUGGAAGAACUACUACAAGUACCGCGAUGGAAGCCACUGAAUAUUCAACAAUGGAAUCAGCGAAGACAAAUGUUGUAAGACCCUCUGUAUUACCUACUACUACAAGUGUGACGUCAGAAUCACGACCAGAAGAAGCUACCACAACUAAAUCUCUAUUAACCUCGGAAUUUCAACCAAAAGAAACUAAAUCAACCAAGUCUGAAUCGACGUCAAGAACAAAUGGAUCAUCAGAAUUACAACCACACACUAUGACCUCUAGUGAGUCUAUUAAAACAUCAACUACAAGUGUAAUAUCGGAAACUCAACCAGACGAAAGUACGUCAACACAGUCAAAAUUAACGUCAACUGCAAGUGGAAUAUCAGAAUUGCAACCACAAGAAGCUACUACAACUAAAUCUCAAUUAACCUCAGAAUCUCAACCAAAAGAAUCCAAUUCAACUAAGUCUGUAUCGACGUCAGAAAUAAGUGGAUCAUCGGAAUCUCAAACACAAGAAACGGGAUUAAGUGAAUCUAUUCCAGCAUCAACUAGAAGU